AUGCUGUCCGUGAUGGGCAAGGUCGGCUUGCUGGCCGUCGCUGCUCUGCCUUUCUUGAUCCUUCCAGUCAACGCAGCGACAGAGUUUCCGAACGUCGUUCCUGCGGUUCACUCUUUCAUCUCUUCGGGGGAAGGGUCCUUCUCGUUGCCUUCGACUCUGAGUAUCGUAGUGGACCAGGACGUGGCUUCUACCGCUGAUGAUGAUGGUCUCACUCUCAUCCCGCCUACUCUCCUCUCCUUCGCGAAGACCUUCGCGAGUGACGCGGAAUCUGUCUUCUCUGGUCUCACCGCUCAGGUCUCUACUGGAACGUCAACUGCGAAGGCCGAUGUUUUCGUGACGAUCAUGUCCGAGGCAGAGGCUGCGAACUUCACGCUCGCGAAAGGAACACCUACGAGCGAGGGAUAUAGUAUCACGAUCACGAGUUCCAGUGUGGUGAUUAGUGGCUCUGGCGCACGAGGCGCGUUCUGGGCCACUAGGACGAUGCUGCAGGCUUUACUACUGAACAACAAGGAACUUCCGAGUGGUAUGGUCGUGGACCAACCUGACUGGCAAACUAGAGGAUACAUGCUAGAUGUCGGUCGUCAGUUCUACCCUAUCACGUUCUUGGAGGAAUUAUGCACGUACGCGUCAUGGUGGAAGACCACUGAAUUUCACGUUCAUCUGUCCGACAAUUAUGGCAUCGACGUCACCAAAACUACCUAUGCUCGUUUCCGCCUGCGGCCUUCUAACCCAGACUUGGCCGGUUUGACGCCCCAUUUAAACGAGACGUACACCUACGACGAGUUCAUAGGCUUCCAAGAACACUGUGCCGCUCGUGGAGUUACGAUCAUACCCGAGAUCGAAUCACCCGGCCAUGCCCUGGUUAUCACACAAUGGAAACCCGAACUUGCGCUUUCCACGGAUAUGACGCUAAUCAACCUGACCGUCCCGGACGCCAUUCCUACCAUCAAGUCCAUCUGGACAGAGUUUCUUCCGUGGUUCAUGUCGAAGCAAGUUUCUAUCGGCGCAGACGAGUAUGACUCGGAUUUAGCGGACGAUUACAACAAUUUCGUCAACGAGAUGAGUGACUUCAUCGCUGAAGCGAACAAGACGAUACGGAUUUGGGGGACGAACGAGCCGUCGAACACUACAAGUGUAGAGAAGAACAUCACUAUCCAACAUUGGGAGUUCUUCGAAGAUGAUCCUUACGAGCUGAUCCGAGAUGGCUACAACGUGAUCAAUAGCGAUGAUGCGUUCCAGUACAUCGUGAUGAAAUACUCUGGCUCUUAUCCCCAACGACUCAAUCAAACUCGACUCUGGCAAGGCGCUAAUGUCGAUACUGAAGGAAUAUGGGACCCUCAUAUCUUUGACAGAGGCAACGCGUCAAACAAUCCUACCGUCUCCGAGCCUCUUCUACAAGGUUCAAUCAUGGCCGUAUGGAACGAUCAUGGCCCCAACGCGAGCACGGUCCUCGAAGCUUUCUAUGCCUUCAAAAUGGGACUUCCCGUCAUCGCCGCCAACUCCUGGCAAUCCUCCACGCGCGACAACCAUCUCACCGAAGAACAAUAUCUCGCCUCAUUCCCUAUCCUCGAAGCCUCCGCGCCCGGUCAGAAUCUGGACAGACGGGUGCCCAGCGCAAGCGACGUCGUUCUUUCGUACGAACUUGGUAAUCAGACGAGCGGGGUGGUCAAGGAUCUCAGCGGUAAUGGGUACGAUGGCGAAUUCGUCGACGGCGUCAUCGUCACGCCUCUUGGGUCGAAGGGCCACAACUACACCUUCCUCGUAAACGCGAGCACUUCAGACACGACGGGAACCCUGCUCUCUGGUCCCGACACUUCGUUCGGGUAUACCGUGUACGGUAACGGGACUACACUCGCGUUCACAUCGAGCAACUUCACAUGGCCGCUGUUGAACUACACCUUGCCCGUGACUGAUGCGUCUGCGUGGCGCGAGAUCGUGAUCGCGGGGACGGAGAAUCAGACGUUUGCAUAUGUGGAUGGAGAGUUCGUGGGCGAGUAUGAGAUAGGCGUCGACGGUACGACGGUCAUGGCGCCGAUGUCGUUCGUCGCACCUGUCCAGCACAUUGGGAACGGGGCGGGGAGUGUGGCGAGAUUCAUAAUCUGGGAGGGGUUAAAAGAUAUCACGUCCAUUUGAGAGUCAGCUUCCAGAUAGUAUGUAUGUAUUGAGUGGGGCACGAACAGGCUGAAAGAGUUGAAACAAAUAUGGCAUGUAUCAUUGAAAUAGCAGAACGAAACAAACGAUUAGGGGUUCAGCGUUAUCUGCCUACAACCGAAGAGCGACGAACGACAAUGGGGAGAUAACGGCAACACAAAAGGUACACGAACACGGAAUGUAUGGAUCGAAGUAGAAGAGAAAUAGGGUUUCAACAUUUUUCAUGCGACGAAGAGAAAAUUCGAGGACAAUACUCAGAUAAACAGACAGCAAAAUACUACCACAGCAGCAAAACCGAGCUGUCCACUCCCAAGGGGCUCGUCAAGGACACAGCACGCCUCCAUACAGAAUAUGGAGGCGGGCUGUGUCCUCGACGAAUUCCUCGGGAGGAGAAGACCGGAUCUAGUGCCACGAUAUAGACAUGUAUGUGACACGUCGAAGCAUACUCCAACCACCCUCGGUGCCCCGCGCAUCCUUCCCCGCUCGGGAGCUGGCCCAAAACAGAUGCAGAAAUUUGUAAGAAU